CUCUUUUUCGACCUUUUUCUAACUCUUUGGCCCAAAUGCAACCACCACCACCACCUCCCCGCUUAAGUGUGGCCAGCAACAACGAUGCCACUUCUACUAUUACUCGCAACAACUUCGCCAUAACCUCACCAUUUUUGACAAAAUAGUCAGUCAUAUCUCUCUCUCUCUCUCUCACCGUCCAAAUAAUAAAAUCACCAUCCUUAUCCUCUAUCUAGGGUUCCUCUGUCUGUCUGUCUGUCUCUCUCUCUCUCUUUCCAAUUUCCAACCCAAAAUUUUCACUGACGGAACAGAGCUCCACCGCGAGUAACUCUACUCAAUCCGCUUUACUGAUCUUCUCAUCUACUUCAUUAACAUCUCAGCAGAAACCCUAGAAAUUUUGUUUCACUAUAAAGGGUUUCUGGUGCGACUUGUUCAGAUUUAGAUUCGUAGAUUUUGUUGUUUAUCUACGGUUUUUCAUUUCUGGGCUUUGUAUUAGAGUACAAAAGGAAAAAAUCGUAGAGAUAGAUGGAUGCGUCUUGUGCUGGGGGUAGUAUUGAAGAGCCUCCCAACCGUAGAGAUCUUAAGCAAUUCGGAGACAAUCCCACAGUAUUUGAUGCAUCACAAUAUGCGUUCUUUGGUAAAGAUGUUGUUGAGGAAGUUGAGUUGGGGGGCUUAGAAGAUGAGGAGGUCGGUUUGCCUGCAGUUGGGACAGAUGAGGAGGAAUUUAUGUACAAUAUAGAAGAGGGUGAGGAUUUACAAUCUCUGUCUGAUAUUGAUGAUCUUGCUAGUACUUUCUCAAAGUUGAACAAGGUUGUUAGUGGACCAAGAAGCACUGGAGUUAUUGGUGAUAUGGGAUCCAGAGAAGGUUCAUCUGUUGCUGAAUGGGCACAAGGGGAGGAUUUUCCUUACUGGUUGGAUCCACAUGGAUUUGACUCUGAAAGCAGUCAGGAAGGCAAACGGUGGUCAUCACAGCCAUCUGGUCGCCUUGCAGAAUCAAAGCCUUUGUACAGAACGUCUUCAUACCCUGAGCAGCAACAACAGCCUCAUCACCAAAACCACCAACCCUUCACCAGUGAGCCAAUUCUUGUUCCAAAAUCUUCUUUUACUUCAUAUCCUCCCCCUGGUGGCAGGUCUCCCCUGGGUUCACCAAACCAGCACUCGGGCCACCUGAACAUCCCAUAUAUUACUGGUGGACCUGAGAUGGCGUUAUCUUCACCAAAUCUGUCUCCUUUCUCAAAUUCUCGGCCUCAGUUGAUUGGUUUGCAUCAGGGUUCAAAUUUUGGUGGGAAUGUGCCUCAGUUUAGUCACAGUGUCUCUGUUAAUAGCCGACCACCAAACCAAUGGGUUAAUCAGUCCAACUUUUAUCCUGGAGAUCAUUCGAGUCUUGUCAACAAUUUGUUGCAACAACGGUUACCUCAUCAGAAUGGAUUAAUGCCUCCACAAGUGAUGCCGCAACCACAGCCGCAGCAGCAUAGGCUGCAUCAUCCUGUUCAGCCAUCAUUUGGCCAUUUAUCGGGAUUUCAAUCGCAACUAUUUAAUCCACAUCUUUCUCCAGGGCCACCCUUGAUGAGCAAGUUUGAUGCAAUGCUUGGCCUUUCUGAUAUGAUGAGAGAUCAAAGACCAAAAUCAGCUCAGAGAGGGAGACUGAAUCUCCGGCUUUCCCAUCAGGGCUUUGAUACCAGUAGCCACAAGAGUGAUACUGGGUGGCCGCAGUUUAGAUCAAAGUAUAUGACAUCUGAUGAAAUAGAGAGUAUCCUUCGAAUGCAGCUUGCUGCGACGCAUAGUAAUGACCCGUAUGUAGAUGACUAUUAUCACCAGGCUUGUCUUGCAAAGAAAUCUGCUGGGGCCAAACUGAAACAUCAUUUCUGCCCUAAUCAACUGAGGGAUCUUCCACCUCGUGCCCGUGCUAAUGCUGAGCCACAUGCUUUUCUCCAAGUUGAUGCUCUUGGGCGGGUUCCAUUUUCUUCAAUUCGUAGGCCCCGUCCUCUUCUUGAAGUUGACCCUCCAAAUCUGUCUGUUGCUGGCAGCAAUGAACAAAAAGUUUUGGAGAAGCCCCUUGAACAAGAGCCAAUGCUUGCGGCUAGAGUGACAAUCGAGGAUGGUUUAUGUCUUCUUCUUGAUGUAGAUGAUAUUGACCGUUUCUUACAGUUCAAUCAGCUCCAAGAUGGCGGGGCCCAGUUGAGACGGAGGCAGCAAGUCCUGCUGGAAGGGAUGGCAGCAUCGCUUCAACUGGUUGACCCACUUGGCAAAAAUGGCAACACAGUUGGGCUUGCUCAUACGGAUGAUUUGGUCUUCUUACGGUUGGUUUCUCUUCCCAAGGGCCGGAAGCUCCUUGCAAGGUAUCUUCAGCUUCUCUAUCCUGGUGGCGAGCUCAUGCGAAUAGUUUGCAUGGCAAUUUUCCGUCAUUUAAGGUUCUUAUUUGGUGGCCUUCCCUCUGAUCUAGCAGCAGCAGAAACAACAGAUAAUCUUGCAAGGGUUGUCUCACUGUGUGUUUGUGGCAUGGAUCUUAGUGCAAUCAGUGCCUGUCUAGCAGCAGUAGUUUGUUCCUCAGAGCAGCCCCCACUUCGUCCUCUUGGAAGCUCAGCUGGAGAUGGGGCUUCCCUGAUUCUAAAAUCUGUACUGGAGCGGGCAACUGAGCUUUUAACUGAUCCUCAUGCUGCUAGCAACUACAACAUAACUAAUCGGUCACUUUGGCAGGCCUCAUUUGAUGAAUUCUUUGGCCUUCUCACCAAGUACUGCAUAAAUAAAUACGACAGUGUUAUGCAAUCUUUGCUUAUGCAAGCUCCACCAAAUGUUGCUGCUAUUGGGUCAGAUGCAGCCAGAGCUAUUAGUAAGGAAAUGCCAGUUGAGCUGUUACGUGCUAGUCUUCCUCACACUGAUGAGCUCCAAAAAAAGGUGUUGUUGGAUUUUGCACAGCGCUCUGUGCCAAUAGAUGGAUUUAACAGUAAUGGUGGGGAGAGUGCUGGGCUCAUGAAUUCUGAGUCGGUGCUGAGUUGAUAAAAAAAAGAAAAAGAAGCUGCUUGGACAUCUAGUUAGAGCCAAUGGGUGACUGAAUCUUGGAAAAAGCAAGUGAAGAUAUGCAUCAUGGGAACAGUAUGCAGCAAGAUUUUUCACAUGGCGGCAUUGCAUGAAGAGCAUCUGCUGUUUAGUUGUUUUAGUGCGCUAUAAGCAGGCGGUUUGGUAUAUUUAUGUCUCGAGUCUGCUAUUAUUUUCUCACGCACAGUUUUUAUUUCUGUUGGUUAUAUUAUCAAUAUGACGGUAGAGCUUAUUUUGAUGCUCUGUUGUGGUCCAGAGGAUAGUCUAUUGUAGGAAGUUAGUAUGUACAGUUUAGGUACAAGUUGAUGCCCCAUGUUCCUUUACUAUUAAACAAAGGACGUGGGGUUGGUUUUAUUAUGUUCACAUCAACGUGUAACAGGGUGCACGCUAUUCCUGACUGGAAAUGGAGCUGGGACUAUGGAAUCCAUCGUGGGUAACCGGUUGAUUAUUUACAUCAUUUCUCAACUGAAGACGACUGCCUGUGAUAAUGGAUAUGAUUGUUUGAUUGUCGACUGCCUGUUCGUCCUA